AUGGGUCUCUCGGAGUAUAGACAACACAAAGCCGACUGCAAGCGCAAGCAGUCGGAACGCGCCUCCAAGAUCGCGACAAUCCCCACGCCGUACCUCUACCCGUUGUCGUCGCAAGAACGCUCCAUCCUCGGUAAACCUAUCCAGGAGCUCGUCCAAGAUGUCCACAAGCAAAUCACUAGCCCCGUCGAUAUCCUACGCACAUACGGCAAAGUCGCGAUAAAGGCACAGGAAAAGACGAAUUGCGUGACGGAGAUACUCUUCCCAGAAGCCGAAGAAUGGGCCAAGAACGAGGUCAAUCUAAAGGGACCGCUUGCCGGCAUUCCUGUGUCGUUGAAGGACUCGAUACAAGUCAAGGGCUUUGAUAUCUCGGUCGGUUAUUCCAGGAAUACCGGGAAACCUGCUACAGAAGAUGGAGUCAUGGUGAAAAUAUUGAAAGAUGCUGGUGCUGUACCCUUCGUAAAGACCAACCUGCCCACCACCCUCCUAUCCUUCGAAUCUACCAACGACGUGUGGGGUCAGUGCAAGAACCCGCACAACGACAAAUACUCGCCAGGUGGCUCUACGGGUGGAGAAUCGGCAUUGUUGGCUUUUGGUGGUAGUCGCAUUGGCAUCGGGUCAGAUGUCGCUGGCUCGGUACGCGCUCCCGCCCACUUCUCUGGCUGCUACUCGAUACGAUGUUCGACAGGGCGAUGGCCGAAGGUGGGCAUGAAUACAAGCAUGGCAGGUCAAGAAGCUAUACCUUCCGUCUUUAGCCCCAUGGCACGGACAUUGAACGACUUGACCUACUUCACGCGCAGUUUCAUUCAAAUGAAGCCCUGGAAAUACGAUUAUACUGUCCAUCCGCUGGAAUGGAGAGAGGAUAUCGAGACUGAGUUCAGGGAGAAGAAGAAGCUACGUAUAGGCGUUAUGCGAACCGAUCACGUCGCAGACCCUUCACCGGCAUGCGCACGCGCCCUAGACCAAACAGCCAAAGCACUCGCGGCGGAAGGCCACGAAGUCUUCGAUGUUGAGCCUCCAUCACCAUAUGAAGCUUUGCAGUUAGCCUCCCAACUCCUCCUCAGCGACGGUGGCAACACAUUCAUGGGUCAUUUCCGAACCGGAGAAUGGAACGACCUUGGCGCGGCGCAAUUGGUCUACUAUAUGCGCCUACCUCGCUUCAUCAAGUACAUGCACUACCUGUACGUAAAGUACGUCAAGGGUGAUGACAUUUGGGCUGGCCUACUACGAGACUGGCAUCCAAAGUCCGCACACGAGUACUGGCAACUAGCCGGCAAGCGUGAGGCGUACAAAGCAAAUUUCUAUAAAUGGUGGUCUGAGGAAGCUAACAUGGAUGUCAUGCUCACUCCACCCAACGCGACGCCUGCCGUGCCUCAUGGUGGUAUGCAUGAUGCUGUUAGUAGCUGUGGUUAUACUUUCAUGUUCAACCUGCUCGACUACUCUUCUGGAAUCAUCCCAGUGACACACGUUGAUCCUGCCAAAGAUGCAUUACCACCAGACUUCAACGUCAGGAAAUUGAAUGGUGUCGCACAGGGCGCGUACAAGCACUACGACGUGGAGAAGAUGGCUGGUCUGCCUGUGGCUGUACAAGUCGUAGGAAGGAGGCUGGAGGAGGAAAAAGUACUCGCUAUCAUGGAGAGAGUGGAAGACGCACUAGAUAAGCAUGGCGGUCGAUACCAGUUACUAGAAGUUGAUUGA